UGUUACACUUGAAAGUAAUACAUUCAUUUUUCUCUAUUUUUCAGUUAUUAGAACGUAUGUGUAUGGCUUUAGGUGGAAGAGUUGCCGAGUCUUUGAUAUUCAACAAAGUCACUACAGGUGCUCAAGAUGAUUUGAAGAAGGUCACAAAGAUGGCCUAUGCCCAGAUCAAACAGUAUGGCAUGAAUGAAGAUAUUGGUCUCCUGGCUUUUCCAACAGAAGAAGAAACCAAGAAUUUUAUUGGAGGAAAGCCUUUCAGUCGCAAAUUGGCUAAUGUAAUGGAUGAGCAAGCCCGAUUAUUAGUAGCCAAAGCUUAUAAAAAAACUGAAAUGGUACUUUGUGAAAAUAAGGACAAACUGAAACUGAUGGCAGAAGCUCUUUUACAGCGAGAGACGUUGAACUAUUUAGAUAUUGAAGCUUUAAUUGGGCCUCCUCCUCAUGGGAAGAAAAAGCUUAUUGAGGAAUUAGACUUAGGUCCCAUUACUCCAGAGAAAGCUAAACCUGAUUCUCCAAAAUCUCCUCGGCCGACAGAAUCUGAAGCGCAAACUUCCAAGUGAUUUUUGAGUAGUUUCUUUAUAUAGUUUUUUUUGUACAGCUUUAAGUAUGGCUCAGUUACAAUGCUUGAAUUUGUAUAGUUGAAAUAAAGUUUCAUAUUUCAUGACAGAAA